UUGGUUGCCGUGGCAACGGCGCUUGUUGUGGGGCUUGGGGUUGUGGCGCUAUGUUACGGCCGGGGCUGGAUCGCGCCGAGGCGGCGCUGCGGGAGCGGCGGCUUCAGGGCCGCAUCUUCGACGCCCGCGCCAGGAUCAUCGGGGUUGAUAAAGAUGCUCUGGACACCCAGGUCAAAGAUAGGAAGAUUCAAGAGGAAACUGAAAAAGCACAAAAUGAAAAAAUUGCUGGUGAGAUGAAGCAAAAUGACAAGAUCACCUGUAUAUUAGACGAACGGCAGAGGAAGGACAUCAGAAACCUAAAUAAAGCUCUUGCUGAGUUUCAACACAAUUUUCAGAAGCCAGAAACUCGGCGUGAAUUUGACUUGUCUGAUCCACAAGGCCUAAAGAAGGAUACUCCUGCUCGCCUUUCUGACAGUGACCCUCGAUGUACUGUGUCUGGCUUGCAGAUGUUUGUAGGAGAAGAUUUAAACCAAGCUCAGCGGUCAGAUUUUCAAAAGGAGCAGUCAAGAGAAUGGUUUCUGCAGCAACAGAGAGAUUGGGAAAAUGCAUUAGCAGAUAAAAAGCUUGCAGAGGAUCUCUAUGACAAGAACAGGGUUGAACUUGAUCAAAAGGCCAUCGAACUUCAGAGAAUAAAUGAAGAAACCAGACGAGCUGUUUGUGCAGCUAUAAAGGAUUGUAACCGAAUCCAGGCUGCAGAUUUAGCAGAAAGAAAAAAGAUAGAAAAGCGUCAGGAAGAAGGUGAUAAUAUGGCUGAAAUUUCCAACCUCCUUCAAGGAGACUUGCUUUCUGAAAAUCCAGAACAAGCAACCAGUUCCUUUGGGCCACAUCGUGUGUUUACAGAUCGAUGGAAAGGAAUGAACCAGGAUCAGUUGAUGGCAAUACGUUACACUCAACAGCAGCAAGUUCUGGAGAAACUGAGACUACAGGAGGAAGAACUCCAAAGAAAUGCUGAGUGGGACAGGCAGUGUGUACAAGCUGCCAGAGCACAACUUCUUUUUGAGCGGCAACAGCAGCGACUGAAUCGAGAACAUCGCAGAGCUCUGGAUAACGCCAAUGCACAGCUGUCCCAGGAGCAAAAAUCAAGGAGAAUUUAUCUUCAGGAAGAAGUAUAUUCAAAUUGUCCAACAGGACAGUAUUUCACACAGUUUAAUACAACAAGCCGAUGACAUUUGAGAGAGACACACUCCCUGAAAUACUGGUAUAUCUAAGCUUUAUAGAAAUAAUAAAUUUUCCUUAACUUACCAUGCUAUUGCUUUUUUAUUGUAUUAUUUUCAAACUUUCCAAUGAAAAUGUUUGUGAUUUAAAAUGAAUCCAUUUUUCUGAUAAUAGCUUAUUUGAAAUCAAAGGCCCCAUGAUUGGCAUUUUUAUAUGUAAUGAAUGAGAAGUACAGAGAUUACUGUAGUUAUUAUUUUUUAUAAUCAUUUUGUAGGAGAAAAAAAUAAGUACAAAUAACUCUGACCUGGUGAUUUAAGUGCUAAUCUGGAGUAGAUUUUAGGUCAAAUUUAUUCCUAGUAUGUGCCCAUUCAGAUCAAUCAAUUUUGUUGUGCAACUCCCUCCCAGUGAAGAAUAUGACCCCCUAGUAGAUUGAUUAGAUAUUAUUUAGAGGAUUUUUAAAUUGAAUUUGAGCUCCUUUAACUGCUCAUUUUUUCUUCAGUAUAAUAUGUAUGUUUGCUAAUCUAUUACUUUUAAAGGUUACAGAAAUACAGAAGGAGUGCAGCAUGACUGUCAACUUAAAGUAUAAAUGAAAAUCCGAUUUUGGUGUGCUUCAAGACAGUGGUGCUCUACCUCCAGCCUGUGGGCUAGAUCCAGCCUGUGGAGCCAUGGCAUUGCGUUCCCUAUAGAUCUGGAAAUUUAGCAGCAGGGGAGUAGUGGCAAUUAACACCACUACUGCUCCCCCACUACCAAAUUGCCAAGCCCUGCAAGCCAUGUGAUAUGGCCCUUUGCACAGGAUGGGGCCAUUGGCACGAUCUGGUACAGGGCCCCAUCAUGUUCCAUCCCCAUAUGUUGGAUCAGGCCUGUGAACUGACCCCACACCCUUUGUCCAGGGGGCACCACUGCUUUAAGAGACCAUACUCUGCUUUAAAAUAUAGGAGAAUGAAUAGGAUGAAUAUUUGAUUUUGAUUUAAACAAAGAAAAUGGAAUGUUCCUACAGAUUUCUGCAUUUUAUGUAGAGAUAAAUAUUUGAAACAUAUGUAUAUGUGAAAGUGAGAAUAUAAAGCAUUGUCAUAGCAUUUUGAACUGCUUUCAGUUGUUCAAAAGUGAAAGUUUGGGGAAAAAUACAAUUUAAAUUACUUGAUACGCUGUGGUAGCUAUUCUCCACGCCAGUUCAACAAUGUGUUUAACCCUAGAUUAGAACUGCUCGAUUUCAGAGCAGUUGGGGAUUGCACACCACACAGGUUGCAGGCACUGGGCUACACACUGCACCAGCAGCAUGUCUUUGGGGCUGCAUUGGCUUCUUGGGACCGCCGCCACCUUCAGCUUUCCCCCGAUGGGAGCAGCGUGAUUCCUCCACCACUACUACUACUUGAG